AGAUAUCCAUAUAGAAAAUAUGUACAACCUUUAGAGAGAGUACCAGAAUUUAAAUAUUUGAGGUUAUGGUUUGAUGUUAUUAUCAUACAAAGCACAUGUAAACUGGUGAGUUGCCAUUAAAUGUUAGACCAGGGAAACUAUCAGUAGCUAAAGUUACUGGAAAGGAACAACACUGAAGUUUUAAGUGAAUGACCAAUCCGUGUUCAUGAUGAUCUAACGCCGCCAUGACUCCACACUCCGACACAGUAGGUGGCGCUGCGAGAAAUGGCAAACGUUCAAACCCCACUUGAGAAGGUGGGUAAAACCCCUGUGAAGAAGAAGACAAACAGCCACGCACUGUCCCCACAGAAGGUCAAAAAUAUCUACUGUAUUUUGUGUCGCAGGUCGUAUUUGAAACAUGAAGGCCAUGAGCAUAUGCAUGGUAUGCUGCAUCACAGAGAGCUGGAGACGGUGCUGGGCAACGGCUCAUUUCAUGAAUGUCAGGCGUGUAAGCAGUCCUCCAUGGGUUUAAAUGAGUAUGCUCGGCACAUCUCCACCGCUGAACACAAAGCCAAGUUGAAGAGCUUGAUGUCUAAAAAUGUAAAGCCCAUCUCUCUGUCUAAGAUUCUGAGCCCUGAGACCAUGGGCCGAAUCCUGGAGAGAAACAAGAAGCUGAAGAAAGAGGAGAAGAAAGCAAUGCGAAAGAAAAAAAAGAAACUGAAGCAGAUGGCUGGUCAGAAACUUGCAAAAAUGCAAGAGGGAGCCGUGAGAAAAAACACGGUGGCGUCCAAAGUAGUGAAGCUGGAAAACUCCAAACAAGUGAACAGGAGGACGCUGCAACAGAUGCGGAAAACCCAGCAGGAAGAAAGCAACAAUGUGGUUGUACAAAAUAAAGAGAAUAAAGUGUCCAGUCAUCAAAGAGAAUCAACUUUGCAGAAUCAAAGUGAAAGAUUUGCUUGUUUGCCCGGAGAGCCUUCAGGUCGAACUUGGCAUCACCCUAAUGUCCGGAACCAGUUCACCCGGUCAAGUCACCAGCUGAGGCAUGAUGGCAACUUUUCUGUGAACAGUCAGUGCAGCAAAGUCCAAAGUGAGAGCUCCCAGACAGACAGACUUGUUAGAAGAUCACACAUCACCCAAACAGGUGUCACCAGCAAGCCAGAGCAGAUAACCAUCAGCCAGCAUGACUAUUACAACAAGCAGUACGAGUGUGCAAGAGACUUCACCAGUGAUCACCUCCCUCAGAACGGAGCCAUCUUCUUUGAUCAUGGCCAGAAGGAGAGUACGGCAUCUUCUGAGCGAGGACAGGAAGGUCCACAUUCAGCUCAGCCUGACUCUGAAAAUCGAUCGGCCAACGCAGCUCCCAUACGGGACAUCGAUGUCAGUGCGAUGCUGUGGCAAAUCAGAAGAGCGCUUGGUGUGAGGGAGCCGUGUAGAGCAGAUCGUGAAGCCCGGAGGCAGAACGGCGAGGGAGGCGUCCGGGCGGCUGAUCACGGGACCACGCUGCAAGUUGGAAGUGAGAGGAAGCAGCCGGCAGGUGGCUCCUGCAGAAACCACGCCGAGGAGGCCGCACUUCACACCCCCUCUGCUGCAGCUACAUCUGUGCAAUCCUCACCGGUCAACAAGCCAAAGCAGAAAACAGCCAGGACGACACAAGGGAUGACUGAGAAUAGCUCAGCGGUUGCAAGUGACUCAAACGGACCUUCAAACAGCAAGGAGACCGAAUCUCCCACCUCACACAGCCAAUGUUUGGGCACGUCCUCUGAGCACAACCUGACAGUCGCCCGCAGGGUUCGAAUAGCCCACGAAACAGGGAAAUUUCAGGGAGAGAAAGAGGCUGAGCUUAAACCAACCCUGAACACGUUGUUCAGCUUAUCAGGGGCCAAGAGUAAGUUGAGCUGGAGGGAGAAGUAUGAGGAGAUGAAAAGAAGGAGACAGGAGGGGGGCAGAGGCAGGCCCAGGUUUGGAAUUAAGUUGACGAACCCUCCAUCUGACCAAAGAAGCGCAGCGGACAGUGACUUGCCUCUGUCAGAAGGCUUCCAUUGGGAGUCGCUCCCAGACAGUCCUUCGGGGGCACACUGGACUGGGCCGCAUCCUUCACCGCCGGGCGCGACGCGUAAUAACUCUUGCACAGAAGCACAGUCAGAUUCUCAGACGCAGGAGCCGUUGGAGCAGCCUGGUGCCGCACAGCAAAGCUGCAGCAGGCAGACGGUGGAAGUGGUGUCUGUGAAGGUUGAACCAAACUUUGAGGAUGAGAAUGGAGACGUCAGUAGUGCCAGCAAGAGGAAACAAGAAGUAACACAUGACGGCCUUUCUGAUAAGGAGCCAUUUGGAAAAAAGAAGAAAACAAAGUCAAACGCGGACCAGGACCAGAUGGACCAGCUGUUGGCUGUGUCUCUGAGGGAGGAGGAGCUGAGCCACUCAUUACAGGAUUUAGACAAAUCUCUGAUCCAGGCCCGCAAUGCCCUGCAAGCUGCCUACACAGAAGUCCAAAGACUCUUACUAUUGAGACAGCAGUGUACUGCUGAGGUCAACAGUCUGAGAGCCCAACGCAUUGAGAUCCUGCAGGGGAUGCAAGGAGGAUACUCGGGAACAUCUAAUGUGGCAGAGAAAUCCUCCACCUCCUCAGCUGGGGCUGCUACUGCCCCCAUGCAACCAAGACACUCUCCCCUUCCUUCCUCUUGUGCCUUCCCCACCUCCUCCAGCCAGCAAUCACCUUCCACAAACCCAGCAUCUUAUAUCAGCCAACCUCAUCUAACCCCGCUUGCCAUGCCAAAAAUACCAGUAAAGCAAAAAAUCUGCCAACAACCCACAGCCUCGUGUAACCCAGAUACACCUCAGGUUCUAGUGAAUCAACCUGUGCCCCUGUUUCCCUCUGAUUUGCUUCCUACACUGCUGGUUACAUCACCCCACUUAGCUGCUCCUACAACUGUUGUUAGUUCUCUCAAACAACCCAAAACAGAGUGCUCUACAUCAACGAAUACAAAUCCUUAUCCUGAAUCAUCUGCCAGGCAGCAGGAGCAGGUCACGAGGGAGGUUUCAAAGGACUUUGUAAAGACCGUGAGUUUGGCGAGAGAAGAAACUGACAGCGAUUCUGAUGAAGAGACGGGAGGAAAUCUCUGCAAAGUGCCGGCACCAGAGAAGCCUGAUGGAGGAAACGAGAGUGAUGACUCGGUCGAAUUGAUGGAGCCCUCCGACCUGGUGGUCAUCGAUAUUGAUGAAUCAGACAAUGAGGAGAGCGUCUCAAAUGCUCACCAAGAGCCUCCUCAGAUGUCUGUCAGCGUGGAGUUCAGUUCUUCGAGUACACAGACGUUUCAGCAGAAUGAUGAUGAUGAGAGAAAAGAUAAACCUACACCUUUGCCAGUUUCUCCAGAGGUGGUUGACGACGAGGAGCCAUCCUUGGGAGAGUUUCUAAAUCACACUGGCCCUGUCCACGGCCUUCAAGUUCACGAGGGCCGGUUGUACACGUGUUCAGGGGACAACACAGCGCGGGCCUACGGUCUGGUGAACAGGGAGUGCCAGGCCGUGUUUGAGGGUCACACGAACAAAGUCAACUGUCUGCUGGUGUCGUCCCUCCCAAACAAGCCGGCACGUCUCUACACUGGAUCCAGCGACCAGACCAUCCGCUGUUUCAGCACAAAGUCUAAAAAGUGUCUGGAGCAGACUUCCCUUUCAGACAGAGUGUUGUGUUUGCAUGUCGCCUGGAACUUUCUGUUUGCUGGACUCGCCAAUGGAUCAGUGACUAGCCACGACUUAAAGACUCUGAAGCAGAUAGAUGUGUUUGAGUGCCAUGGCCCACGAGGCGUGAGCUGCCUGGGCACAGCGCAGGAGGGCGCCCGCCGAGUCCUGCUGGUCGGCUCCUACGACAGCACCAUCAGUGUGCGGGACGCCAAGAGUGGCCUGCUGCUGCGCUCGCUGGAGGGACACACCAAAACUGUGCUCUGUAUGAAGGUGGUGAAUGACCUAGUUUUCAGCGGCUCCAGUGACACAUCUGUUCACGCCCACAACAUCCACACGGGUGAGUUGGUUCGUAUCUACAAGGGUCACGGUCAUGCCGUCACAUCAAUAGUUAUCUUGGGGAAAGUGAUGGUGACGGCUUGUCUGGAUAAACUGGUCCGAGUUUAUGAGCUACAGUCCCAUGACCGGCUGCAGGUGUACGGGGGCCACAGUGAUAUGGUGAUGUGCAUGGCCGUGCAUAAGAGUGUGAUCUAUACAGGCUGUUAUGAUGGCAGCGUUCAAGCUGUAAAGCUCAACUUGAUGAAGAACUACCGCUGCUGGUGGCAGAAUUGCUCUCUGAUCUUCGGCAUGGCGGAGCAUCUUGUGCAGCACCUCCUUAGAGAUCACAGCAACCCCAAUCUGCAGACGGUCAAAUGUCGCUGGAGGGGCUGCAGCACUUUUUUUUCCACACAGCAGUCGGUUAGGCAGGAACUGCCUGAACACAUGCAGAGCCAUGUGGAGAAUGACAGCAGAGUGCAGCCUUGAUGCAGCAGAUGAGGCUGGAGUUUCAUCCAUUACAACAAGUUCUUUUCAGGAUUUUGGGUUUUCUUUCCCAUUCAUUCCCUGGGCUUUUAGCUUUUGAGGUGCUGAUCACAUCUCUUUGGUCUUGGGCAUACUGUAUGACCUCUGUAAGGCUGUUAUUGAUCCUUGACACUGUUGUAUGACAGGACAGAGAUGUUCAUUCUCUAACACUCAGUCAGUCCUGCUCUUAAAAUAAUUGUCUUCAACUAUUUCUUUCCUUAAUUGUCUGCAGUUCAAAUUAUCAGUUUAAUUUGAGGAGGAAAAUUGUUCAUUACUUUUGGAUCUGUUGACAAGGAACGUUUUUUAUCACCUUGAAGACAUAUGAGGCUUUAUACACCAUAACCUAUACUAUACAUUAAGCCUUGUCAGAAAUGUCAUUAGAAGAUGUGAAGCUAAUUGUUCAGAGCACUUUUACAACUAUGCUUUACCAUCAACACCUUGGUGCAGCUUUUACAGUGAACUGCCCUCAGCCUUGGAUUGGCGAUGGGCUCUGAAGAGGAUGUAGCAUGUUUAAAUGUUGCCUGAAUCUGGAAAUGAAAAACAAAGCUGAAAUUCCAGAGUGUUGGAACCUGAACAAAUUUAAUUGAGUUACACAUCAAAUCUCAACACCCAGUUUGUGAAAAUGCUAGUCUGCGCUCUCGAGUAAUUUAAAGAGUACUCCACCGAUUUAACGUUGCACUCCUGUAACAUUAUCAGACUUGCAAUGGAAAAUUUAGAUCACAAGGAUCUAAUUUGAUUGUUGAUUCUUCUUCUUUGUCAGACCUGGUACCUACAUUACCCACGAUGCAACUUGACUACCGACCGUUCAGUCAUAGAUUCAGGUUUUUUAUGGCGGCUAAUGUACCACUGAGCCACUAGCCUCAAGAAGAGAUAAGCAGGCUAGAGAGGGUCUUCUUUCGAACUCACCGCCUCCAGAUUUUUGUCUUGUAGGACUAAACAGCAAGAGUGAAGUAAUAUACAAAGAGCUUUAUGCAACAUUUCUCACAUAUGCAGUUGUAUUCCCCAAGACCUGUGAAAGACUGAUGUGCAAAAUUGAAAUUGAAAUUGAAAUAUUUUUCAAACACACAUCCUUAGACAUUAAGAUCAUUCUUGGUAAUUGUAGAAGGGUCAGGUCUUUACCUUCAUGAAGUCAGCAGGACUUUGAGGAUUGUGCGAAAUAUUUUCAAAUCCUUUUUAGAAAGUAUUCGGUGUUGAAAGGACCUGCAUACAAGGGCGGCUGCUCAAUUGUGAAAAUAAACAGGCUUAACUUGCUGGUAUACUGUAUUAUUAAAGAAGGUGCAGUUUGGGGAAACAAUUCCAGUGUUUAAAACCCAUUGGCUAAUAUUUAGCAACCUGUACUUUCUGUAUAAAUAAUAAACUACCCGCCUGCUUUCAAGUCAGAUUUUUCUCUUUUUUAUGAAUAUUUUCAAUAUUUUAGUUUUUUUAAUUAUAUAAUGACAUGGCUUGUUAUUUUUCCUGAUAUCACAGUGUAGAGACAAUGUAUCCUUAAUUAUUCCUUGGCCCAAACAGUUUUCUUGCACACUUGAGAACUUACUUUAGAAAUGGAUUCUUUAAGUGGUGACUCUUGGUUAUAGAAAUGUUUUGCAUCAUUAAAUAUGUAAUCAAUCUAUUAAUUUAUAAUUGUUACAUUUUCACAUUUCCCAAAGAAUUGUUGUAGGCAAUGUUCUUCUCCUCUAUAUAACUUUGGACAAUGCAUAUUUGAAAACGUAUCUCUCUUUUUGGUGCAAUGGAAGAAAGUAGUGGAAGCUGUCCAACCAAACUGUUCAGAGAACAACUAUAAGAAUGAUGCCUUAAUGUUUUUAUAUUACACUGUACAGUGUGUAUUUGAUUUGUGUUCAAUACCAACUUUGUGUACAGCAAUAAAAAAAAAACUAAAUUUACA